UCCAUGAGCAUACCAUGGCUUCCAUAGCCAAAACAAAGGAUGGAGUAUUGCAAAGUGAUCAUUCAGAGAAACAUUGGUCUCUUCCUCUUCUCUUUAUUUCUUCUUCUCUCCGUAAUACUAGUUCUACAAACUCUUUACUCAUCAAACUCCUUCAACAUCACCUUCUCUCAGUUUGAAUAUGAUCAUGAAGAAGAGGCUUGUGAUUUGUUUGUUGGAAAAUGGAUUAGAGAUUUUAGAGAACCUAUAUAUAACAAUCGGACUUGUCCUACAUUGCCUAUAGUGAAGAAUUGUGUAAAACAUGGGAAGGAUCCUGAUUAUAUCUAUUGGAGAUGGAAGCCUGAUGGUUGUGAUUUGCCGAGGUUUGCACCUUCGAUGUUUUUAAAUAUUGUUCGAGGGAAAAAACUUGCUUUCAUCGGUGAUUCUCUUGCUAGAAACCAGAUGGAAUCUCUUUUAUGCCUUCUUUCUCAGGUUGAAUCUCCACUGAACACAAACAUAAGCACAGAAGGCAAAUAUCAGACAUGGUAUUUCCCUUCACAUGACUUCACUCUCAUGGUCAUGUGGACACAGUUCCUUGUUCAAGCAACACAAAGAACAGUAAAUGGAACAGCUUCUGAUGUGUUUGACAUUCAUUUAGACAAGAUCAACUCUGAAUGGACUAACCAACUUCCAGGUAUUAACUUUGCAGUGAUCUCUACUGGCAACUGGUUCAUCAGAAAAACUUACUUGCAUAAAGAUGACAAGCUUCUUGGUUGCACACUAUGCAGUGAUGCAAAAGACUUAGGUUAUGUAUUUGCUAUCAAGAAUGCUUUAAGUACAACUCUUGAGUUCUUAUUAAGUAGAUGUAAAGAUUGUGAAGGAAUGAUGACAGUGUUGAGGACUUACACACCUUCACACUUUGAACAUGGUUCAUGGUUUAGUGGAGGGAAUUGUAAUAGGACUCAACCUUUGAGUGAGAGUGAAGUCAUGAGUUUUAAUAAAAAUGCUUGGAGAAUUAAAGAGAGUCAAGUGGAAGUGUUUGAGAAAAUAGUGCAAAGAGUUGAGAGGGAGGAGAAGAUGAAGAAGGAGAAGAAGAAGUUGGUGUUGUUGGAUGUGAGUAAGGCUAUGAUGUAUAGGGCUGAUGCACAUCCUGACUCACAUUGGCAAAGGUGGCAUAAUGUUAAUGAUUGUCUUCAUUGGUGCUUGCCAGGGCCUGUUGAUUUGUGGAAUGAGUUAUUGAUGGUGAUCCUUAGAAAGCAUUCUCGGAAUUGAUUUAUGGAGAUGGUUUUCUUUUCUUUUCUAUUUCUUUCAUUUUUUGUUGAUUUUUUUGAGGAAAUAAUAGUUGUGGUUA